UACAGGAAAGCGUGGGACUCGUUGCUAAGUUUUGUGAAUUGUAAGAUCAUCUCGUUCAAACGCAAUGAACACUUGGAUGCCUACGUGUUGAGUGAGAGCUCAUUGUUUGUAUCAAAGAAUCGCAUAAUAAUCAAGACGUGCGGCUCAACCACACUAUUGCGAUGUCUGGAACCGCUUCUAUAUCUUGUCAAACAAAUGGCCGGUUUUGAUGAAGUGGUGGACAUCUUCUAUUCGCGCAAGAAUUUCAUGAGACCUGAACUCCAGGACGACUCGCACCGGACCUUCGAGAACGAGGUCGAGGCACUCGACAACCUC